AUGAGUGUUUCAAGCGUCGCUAGCAGUGUGAGGUCGGGAUCACCUACAGAGCUGGAUACUGACCAAGAUUCCUUUCAUGGCCCCUCGGGCUAUCAACAUGGCCCAUUGAGCUCGCCCGGGGGCCAAAUAUUGGUAAACGGCGUUUUAGAAGGCCCACAGCCAUGGAUUGACUUCGACAAUCACCCAGUGGUGGAGGAGGACGAGGUAGAUGUCUAUGAGGACGAAUAUGAUAACUAUGAAGAGCCCGGGGACGAGAAUACCCCACCCAUGAUGCCCUUAUCUGAACGAAGGGUGUCUCCACCACCUCCGCCAACACGAGCACGGCCAACACAGGCAUCACCAGUACCCAGUCAGGGAAUUCGUGCUGGCAAGAGGCCAAGGGAGGCUCCUGUAGCCUCCGUCAGGGCUGUUGCAGCCUCUAGGAGAAGAAUUAGUGGCACAGCAGCGGAAGCAAUUGCUUCAUCUUCCAUGGGGGUUAAUACAGUACAGUAUGGAAUCCGUACAACGAGUGAGGUUCAAAUCGCAAGUUCACGGGUGAGAUCGCACCUUGUGUUUGCAAUCAAAGACUUUGUCGCAAAAAGCCUCUUAUACGGCUUGAAGGACCUAACCACCCCAGAGACGAGGGCUGACAAAGUUAACUAUCUACUCGAGAAAGAUCGUUUCAUUAGUGACCCCAACAACUAUGCCACAGGUCGUCGACACUUUUGGGCCCCAGAGAUCGUGGAAAAUACCCAUAUCCUGUCAAUGUACGCCAGAAUGUUCAACACAUGGGGAAGAAGAACGAAGGAGAACCAGCUGGGGACUCUGGAGGUAAUAAGAGAGUCUAUUCAAGAUAAGUUGCGAGGCCCUCGAGAGGUGAUAUCCAAGGUUGGAAGGGAAGAGGACGAUGUGCAGUUGGCAGCAGAUAUCGCGGCGUGGAGGGCCGCGAAAGCGCGCCGGAAGGCUCAGCAGCACCGGGCUAUAUUAUUGGGGACUGAUGGUGGUACCUCAGAAAACCCGGUAGCGACGGGUAGGGAUUUGGGCACGGCCAAGGCUCAAGAAGCCUCAACAAAUGCCUCUGGCGAUACUUCGCCAGGGGAUAAAUGA